CUUUCCAACGCACACCCACCCCGAUCCCAAACAAUCAAUCAACCAAAAUCCCCGAUUAUCUUCCACCGAACCAAAAUCCAGCUGAUUGAAAUCCUUCGCAACGCCACCAUCAAAGCAGCGCAGAUGCAGAAGAUGAGCUCUGUUUUGGCUCUGCAGCCCAACUUCUCCGACACGGACAGCAAAUUCGUCCAGGAUUUCUGGCUCAAGCUCAAGCUCAUGGAGGACAACCAAGAAGAGGUCAAGUUACAGAGUCACGCAGCCGUAGCAGAAGAAGAGAAUCGAGAUGGAGAUGAGGAAUUAUUGGAAUUGGAUGGAGAAAUUGAUGAGGAGGAGGAAGGAGAAGAUGAGGAGGAGGAUGAAUUCAGUUUCUCCAGAGCAUUCGGCGAGGAUUCCUUGAUUUCCGCCGAGGAAGCGUUCCUCAACGGCCAGAUCCGCCCGAUUUUCCCCCUAUUCAACCGGGAUCUACUCCUCCCCGACGCCGACGCCGCUCCCGCCGUCCAGCCGGAGGGACCCUUCUGCGAGUGGAGGGGGAAACCCUCCGCCGCGGCGGUGGUAGACCCGUCGCCGGACGUCUGCAAGAAGAGCAACUCCACCGGCUUCUCCAAGCUCCGGAGGUUCAGGGAGCUCGUCCUCCGCAGCAACAGCGACGGCAAGGACAAAUUCGCCUUUCUCCCCCACCACCACGGUCACCACAAUCCCGAGGCAGCGAGCGGGAGUAAGGCCCAAAAGGCGGAGGAGGACAGGAGCGGCAAGGCUCCGGCGAAGAAAACCGCCACCACGGCGUCGAAGAAGAAGAAUAAGGUGGAAACGUCGGCGUUUGAGAAGAUAUACGCGAGGAGGAAGCAGGAAGAGAAGAGUGGUAAGAGGGCGUCGUACCUGACGUACAAGCAAGUCGGAUUCUUCGCCAGCGUCAAUGGGUUGAGCAAAAAUGUUCAUCCCUAUUAGAGCCAAUUACUCCUGCUAAGUUAAGCUAGCUAGUUCGUAGCAGUCUCCUUCAAAUCAUCAUCAUUAACACUUUGAUUGAUUGAUUGGUUAUUUAGUUCUUCUUCUUCUUCUUCAUCAUCUGCUAUGUAAAGAGAUUUUACAACUUCCUGGGCGGAUUAUUUGUGAUUAGUAUAUGCAUCCACAAGUCUGCUCAGAUCAGAUAUUCUAUGUGUAAAGAAGUUAACAGUUGUUUAUUUAACGAAAAGGCCCUUUCUUAGGGUCAAUUUAUUAAUUCCCGCCGGUGUACCGGCAAACUUGUUUGUCCUCAACUAACCAGAAAGAUUCAUGCUUUAAUGCUUUGCUCUACUACCCAUUUCCGGCAAUGCUUGAACGGGAUGGAUUCUGCUAUGCAAUGGCAACAAACUUAAAACAUUCUG